ACUUCCCAAUAUUUCUAAAAUAUCGAGGCAGAGAAAGCUGUGAAACAGCCCGUCCACCACGCUGGAAACUUGAAACGGCAGAUUGGCCUUCAUUUUCCACUUUGGCUAACAUCACUGAGGAAAUGGUCAAUACUGCUGAUAUCAAUGAUGCAGUUGAGGUUGUCACUUCGAGUAUCAUUCAGGCAGCAGAAAAAACAAUGGGGAAGACAUCAACUAGAUAUCCAAAACAUCCUAAACCAUGGUGGAACCAGAAUUGUGAGGCAGCAUUUAAAGCACAAAAGAAAUCAUGGGGGAUUUUUAGAAGAUAUUUCACUGCUGAAAAUUUGGUCGCUUUUCAAAAAGCAAAGGCAAAUGCCAGAAGAAUAAGGAGGCAAAGCCAAAGAGAUUCUUUGAGAAAGUAUGUUUCUAGCAUAACAUCUUCCACUAGUUCAAAAGCAGUUUGGGAUAAAAUCCAUAAAAUUAAUGGGAAAUAUUCUUCUCACUCUCUGUCCAUGCUGGAAAAUAAUGGCACAAUAAUCAGCGAUAUACAGGGCAUUGCUGAUUUAUUGGGUGAAACAUUUUCUGCUUAAUCCAGCAAUUUUGUGUAUUCAAGGAAUUUUCAAGCUUAUAAAGCCCAAAGAGAAAAACAGUGUUUAAACUUUCACUCCUCAUCUAAUGAGGAAUAUAAUGUGCUAUUCACUAGAAUUGAAUUACAUACAGCAAUCUCUCGCUCGGGGAAUAGUGCUGUAGGCCCAGAUAAAAUUCACUACAGCAUGAUUAAAAAUCUGUCAAACAAUUCUUUUUCUAAUCUCUUGCAUCUGUUUAACAGAAUAUGGACAGAACAUACUUUUUCUGACUCUUGGAGGCUAUCUAUCAUUAUUCCCAUUCCCAAACUAGGUAAAGAUCACAAGAAUCCCUUUAAUUACAGACCAAUUUCUUUGGCAAGUUGUCUCUGUAAACUUUUCGAGAGAAUGGUAAACAGGCGUCUAAUGUAUCUCUUAGAGAAAAAGGAAUACUUUUCACCACAUGAGAGUUGUUUUCGUAGGAACAGAAGUACCACUGAUAACCUGGUAAACCUUGAAAC